AUGGAGCGCGCCACCUUCGGGCCUUGGGACUACGCGGUGUUCGCCGGCAUGCUGGCGGUGUCCACGGGCAUCGGGUUGCGCGUGGGACUGGCCGGGGGCGGCCAGCGCAGCGCGGAUGACUUCUUCACCGGGGGCCGGCAACUGGCGGCCGUGCCCGUGGGGCUGUCGCUGGCUGCCAGCUUCAUGUCGGCCGUACAGGUGCUCGGCGUCCCGGCCGAGGCGGCGCGCUACGGCCUCAAGUUCGUGUGGAUGUGCGUCGGCCAGCUGCUCAACUCGCUGCUCACCGCCGCGCUCUUCCUGCCCGUUUUCUACCGCCUGGGCGUCACCAGCACCUACCAGUACCUGGAACUGCGCUUCAGCCGCCCCGUCCGGCUCUGCGGGACACUGCAGUACCUGGUGGCCACUACGCUGUACACUGGCAUCGUGAUCUAUGCACCUGCGCUCAUCUUGAACCAAGUGACCGGCUUGGACAUUUGGGCCUCACUCCUGUCCACAGGCGUCAUCUGCACCUUGUACACCACCGUGGGCGGCAUGAAGGCCGUGGUGUGGACAGACGUGUUCCAGGUGGUAGUGAUGCUCAGUGGCUUCUUCGUGAUCCUGGCCCGUGGGUCUGUGCUCCUGGGUGGGCCCUGGACUGUGCUCAGACUCGCCCAGAACCACUCCCGGAUCAAUCUCAUGGACUUCGACCCCGAUCCUCGGAGCCGCUACACAGUUUGGACAUUUCUGGUGGGUGGCACACUUGUGUGGCUCUCCAUGUAUGGAGUGAACCAGGCCCAGGUACAGCGGUACGUGGCCUGCCGCACCGAGAGGAAGGCCAAGCUGGCCCUGCUUGUCAACCAGCUGGGUCUGUUCCUCAUUGUGUCCAGUGCCGCCUGCUGUGGCAUUGUCAUGUUUGUGUUCUACCGGGACUGUGACCCUCUCCUCACAGGCCGCAUCUCAGCCCCAGACCAGUACAUGCCUCUCCUAGUGUUGGAUAUCUUCAAAGACCUGCCUGGUAUCCCUGGGCUCUUCUUGGCCUGUGCCUACAGUGGCACGCUCAGUACAGCAUCCACCAGUAUCAAUGCCAUGGCGGCUGUCACUGUGGAGGACCUCAUCAAGCCCCAGAUGCCUAACCUGGCACCCAAGAAACUUGUCAUCAUCUCCAAGGGGCUCUCACUUAUCUACGGCUCUGCCUGCCUCAUAGUGGCCGCUCUGUCCUCACUGCUGGGUGGCGGUGUCCUGCAGGGCUCCUUCACGGUCAUGGGAGUGGUGAGCGGCCCCCUGCUGGGCGCCUUCGUGCUGGGGAUGCUGCUGCCCGCCUGCAACACACCGGGCGUCCUGUCGGGGCUGGUCACAGGCUUGGCUCUCUCCCUAUGGGUGUCCCUGGGUGCCACACUGUACCCGCCCAGCGAGCAGACCAUGGGGGUCCUGCCCACCUCCGCCAGCGGCUGUGAGGCUCUGGCCACCAAUGUCUCUGUCCUCCUGGAUCCGCUGGUUGCUGCCAGUGGCUCUGGCAGGGUCUCCAGCUCUGUGGACGCUGGCCGGCCAGCCCUAGCCAAUACCUUCUACGCCAUCUCCUAUCUGUACUACGGGGCACUGGGCACGCUGAGCACCGUGGUAUGUGGAGCCCUUGUCAGUUACCUGACAGGCCCCACCAAGCACAGCACCCUGGGCCCUGGGCUGCUGUGGUGGGACCUGGCCAGGCAGACGGCAUCAGUGGCGCCCAAGGAGGGUGUGGAUGCUCUGGACAACAGCAUGAUGAAGCGUCUAGAAGAAACCCCUAUGGGAUCCAAAAAGCCACCUAGCUUCCUGCCCUCCGAUGAGGACCGCCUGCUGUUCACAGGGCAAGAAGAGGCGGUGGGCCACUGGACCCCCGCCAGUGCCCGGAGGGUGGGACCCGACCUGAGCGAGUCCAAUAUCUGAGGGCUGGGCCGGCUACCAGCCUGGACUCUGAUUGGCUGAAUGCGAUCAUAUGCAAAUAACCGUUGAUAUAGUCUCCGCCCCUGUGAGGAGGGGCGGGGCUUCAUUUCACCCAAUCCUUGUUCCUAAAGCACACUCCAGACCUGAGACGCUGCACCCCCUGUUCCCCUAACCAAGGUCAGCUGUUCUCCAUCUACAAUGGAAAGAUGUUGGGGUUCUUACUGAAAAAUACAGAAACCCGGUCCCAAAAACAGGAAGGAAGGCCCCAACUUUCCUUUCAAUGUGUUCAACUUCACCAACGUCUGUGUUCCAUUUCACAGGUAGAGAAAUUGAGACCCAAGCAGGGCAUGGUGGCACACACCUGUAAUCCCAGCAAUCUGGGAGGCUGAGACAGUAUUGCUACUAGGUAGAAGGAUGGAGCUCAAGGCCAUCCUUGACUACAUAAAGAGUUUGAAGGCUGGAGAGAUGGCUUAGCGGUUAAGCGCUUGCCUGUGAAGCCUAAGGACCCCGGUUCGAGGCUCGGUUCCCCAGGUCCCACG